AUGGAAACCAAUGACACUGGAGAGUAUUCAAUUGCGGAUGCUGUGACAAUUGACCAGAUCAGUACUACCGCUGACAGAGCUUCUGAAAUCUUCACAAAUCCUCUUGAAGUGACUUCUUUUAUAAUAUGUGUGCUCGGUCUUAUUGCAAACUGUCUUUCCAUAAUAGCGACCAUUCACAUACCACAUGGUCAGUCGACACAUUCUAAACUAAUCAUCAGUCUCGGUGUAUCGGACAGCCUUAUUCUCAUCGCCAUACUCUUACACAAUUUAAUGUACAUAUUUACAUCAUGGGAUGCUUGUACAAAACUUACGAAACGUCUAAUUUUAGACACAGCCCUUCUUGCAACACUUAUAAACUUGUUUGUGAUGGCCAUAGAUCAUAACUUAGCCAUUAUGAAGCCCCUUCAUUAUAGACGUUUUAUGUCCAAAUUUCGUGGGAAUUGUCUCAUCAUUUUUAUAUGGGUAUUCAGCUUGAUUAUGGGUCUAACAGAAGUGGUUGUUGGACUGGUGACUAAAGAACAAAUGAAACAACCAUUUUGCAUUGUAGUAUCAAACGACGAGUUCGACAUUGAACUGAUUAUUAUUGGCGUAAUUUUCUUUGUGCUUCUUGCUAUUGUAGUGAUUUACGUCAGGAUUUACACCUUAGUCAAACAAUUAAUGAACAGAGACCGAAUGAUGCACCAAGAUGAAAUGCAUAGCUAUAAAGCAAUUGUGACUACAUUGCUUAUUAUCGGAACAUUUACAUUAUUUUGGGCUCCAGAUGGGAUCUUUCAAGUUGUACAUGUAUAUAAAAUUGAAAACAGACAGGUUUUAUGUCUAAUAUGA